AGAACCUGACCUUAACGGGGUCUGAUGCGAUCGACGGGACAGGGAAUGUUCUGGGCAAUAAGAUUUAUGGGAACACUUCGGCAAAUAUGCUCUCCGGAGGAGAUGGCAAUGAUUAUCUCUCCGGCGACGAGGGCGCUGACUCCCUGAACGGCGGAACCGGGAAUGAUACACUGGUUGGCGGCACGGGGAGGGACACCUAUAUCUUCCACAGGAUGGAUGGAAAAGAUACCAUCACUGAAACCGCAGGCCAUGUCGGAGAUAUGGAUACAGUGACAAUGACAGAUGGUAUCUCAGAAACAGAACCGGUUAUCGUCAAGCAAAAAAAAGAUCUGUACCUGUUUAUCGAUGCCAACAAUUACAUGAAAGUGGCGGGUCAGUUUUGUCAACCCAAUUACGGAAUGGAGCGACUCGAAGUGACCGACGGCUACUACGUAACGAGGGCGGAUAUCGAAAAUAUCAUCAACACGAUGAGCAGCAUUAACGAUGAUCCGGGUCUGGACGUCAUUCAGAAGUUCAAUGCCAUGCGGGUUGACCAUACCUACAUCAACACUUUGGCCCAGAGCUGGCACCAGCCUGGGGCCUGA